GAGAUAAGGAGGUGGCCGCUAAGAGGGAGGAUUUCGCGAUCGCUCAGUGAGGGGGGUCGUAUGGUACGCAUCUGCAUCCGCAGCAUUCUGCCUCCAUCUUUCCAUCUUUUUCUCCGCUGCCGGAUCUGUGCGGAGUCAAGAUGUGAACAUGAUGUGUAUUCCUGGUUGGGAUCUUUUCUCCCUAUAGAUCAGACAUCCUGAUUUUUAAACCUCAGAAACUGUCACACCCUCUUUCUCCUAUCAUUACCCACCACCAUUACCUAUAAUGCUUUCCUCAGCUCGGCCUUCUGUGCCCCCCCGGCCUCGUCGCUUUGACAACCACAAACGUAACAAUGUGGUGGACCCAAAGUCUCUUGGUCAGGGCGGCCGUAGGGAGGACAAAAACAUGAACACCGCUGUCACUGCUGCUUCCUCUUCUGUAUGUCGGGCCAGUAAGGUGCCUGCUGAGUCUUCCAGGUCAAGGAGGGGUGACCAGGGCCGAACCAGUGUAGGACAACCCAAAGUAGACCAGAGAAAAAACAGCACCAUUCCAGUCAGGGCAAAACCCAAACCUAAAACUGGACAUUCAGUGUCUAAACCAGGUUCCCUUCCUGACCCAAAUUGUAAUGAGCCAAGCUUGCCUUGCCUGUGCUGUGAUGGGCACUCACCCCAAGACAGCAACAGUCUCUACAACCACAACUACAACAACAACAACACCAUUGCCAUCAGAAAAAAGCUAGAACUACAACCAGCACAGAAACAAAGUAGGGAUCAGACUCCUCAGAAGGCGAGAGACACAAAAAAAGCUGAACCAAACCACAAGCAGACACAACAACAAGAACCACAAAAGCAACAACAACCAAACGACCCUCCAAAUUCCCAGGAGACACAGAAAGCAGAGGCAAGUGAAGACAUGGAACACAAUGAAGGUGAUGAUGAAGAAGACGACGAUGAUGAUGACGACACACUGGUCCCCUCCUGUCACGACUGCCCUCCCUCCCUCCUGCAGUUCUCCCUCACCUCUUCAACCUCAUCUUCUUCUACUUCCAUAAGCAGCUGCUCAGAUUUUGAGACAGAUGGCCCCGAUGCUCUCUCACCCCCCUCUCAGGACCUGGCCCCUGAGCAGACCUCACCGACUAACUCCCUGUCCUCUCAGCCUCAGAUCUUCCCCCUGGAUGCCCAUCUUUCUCCUGUGCCACCCCUGCCUCCCUGCUCCCCGGAUGAAGGAUACCCGUCCGCCCGCAGCUCUCCCUCCUCAGAUUUCCCAGAGGGUAAGGGAUUGUUCAGGCAAGACUGCACAAGACUGGAUCUUUUGAGCCUCUUGGAUUCAAUGGAUGGACUGGGCAAGAACGACCUGUUCAAUCAAAUGGUUCAAGUGGCACGUUGGGAGCUGGAAGGCGACCUAGAGCUGAGGGAUCGAUUUGAUCACCUGCAGAAACUUGAACAAGUGAACAUGCAGGUAAAGAUAGCAUACCUGGAAAGGCUUCAAGAAGCCAGGCUAGAGCUGGGUGAAGGGGAUCUUUCAGACAGCCUGGAUGCAUUGGAGAACAUGGAUACUCAGUGGAAGCUGUACAAAGGGCAUGAGUUUUGUGAUUCCCAGGAAUUCUCUGAUGCUGGGGUUGAUAUGACGGCUCCAUCGGACAUAGAUGAGCCCUCGCUCCCAGAUUCACUCGCUCCCUCCCCACUGCAACCUCCCCCUAGGCCUCCUAAACCACCAACAAGACACGUGGACUCACACACAGACGCACACACAUACGUUAACAUUAGCAUUAAUGCCAGCGCCCACAUCACUUCCUCUGUCACCUCCACCUCCUCCUCUUCAACCUCUUCCUUUGGCAAAAUUUGUCCAUCUUCUUCUUCUUCCUCCUGUACAUCUGAGAGUGAGGUCAUAGUGCCUCCCUCUGUCCCUCCCCCUCCACUGCAAGCCCUCCCCUAUUUCACAUUUUACUCCUCUAGGCCUUGCCUGGCAUCGCCCACGCCCCCUAUCCCCCCGCCCCGGAGACGUCACAAAGCCCGAAUGGAGGCACUGCGAGCCGCUGACACUCAGGGCGAAGAAUCCCCAGUGUCCCUCCCACCUCCAACUUCCCGCCCCCCGCCUCUUCCACCCCCUCCUCCUGCUCUUCCUUUGCCCCCAGCCAUCCCUCCCCCUCCCUCGCUGCCACCCCCUCCCUCCUUCCACACUCUGGACGCCGAGAUCCGCAAACUUCUGGUGCUGGCCGGGCUGACCCAGGCUGAGCUGCUCAAACUGAGCCCGGAGCUGGGGGUGUGUGUGACGGGGGUACUGGACGAUGGAGAUGAUGAAGAGCUGUCUGAGACUGUAGCUGCACCAGAAAGGGUCAAAGGGCAAAAGGAAAGGGUGGGAAAAGAAGCUAGUGAAGAGGCAGAGAUAAUGGAGGAUGAGUGGAGCGAGGGAGACAGAGAACUGAGUCUGGGGCUGAGAAGGGAGAUAGUGACUGGAAAAGAUGCACAAGAAAAGUACUUGGAGGGAAAAAUGGAGGAAAACAGGGAAGCCUAUAGGACAACCUCAUUUACUGAGAUGGCGAGAAGACGCAAGAGAAAUGGCAGCAACAGUAACUACAGUUGUAACUGUGGACAUGGCCUGGAUGUCAAACCAAACCCUGAGUCUAAUUUUAGCACGGCCCACAGCAGUACAAUUAGCUCUGUGUCUAACUGCGGCAACACUUAUGAGUACAAUUCAGUGGCUGACCCUGCCCCUCCUCCUCCCCCUCCCCGACCUUUACCACCCUGUCCCCCAGCACUGCCCCUGUCCCCCCUGAAACCAGCUCUAACGCUGUGUACCCUCCCUGCCAAUGCAUCUCGACCAGAUCGUUUUGACUGGCUCAUGGCCUUCUCCCCGGAAACAGAAAACCCGCCCUUCGAAAUAGAGAAACCGACCGAAGGCAGUUCACAGAAGUCAACAUCCGGGUCAAAGGUCACCACGUUCAAAGAGCUGCGCUACCGAAGCAGGCAGAACCCGCAACCAGCUGUGGUCCAACCAGAACCAGACCCAACAGUUAUCACUCCGGAUCCAGACUUCUUGUACAACCUAAAAUGGAGGCGAGAGAAGACGGACGGGGAUGGCAUCCAAUGGGAGUACACCCCCCAGGCCCACUCCGCUUUCCUUCAACCACAACCUACCAGAUCAUUAACCAUCUUUAAAGAAAUUCUGAAACUAACUGAGGGGGGCAGGCUACCAGAGCCGUGCCCCUCACAGCGCAUUGGCUGCUCGACCAGCGAGAGUAACCUUUGGACCGCAGGAGUCGAGAGAGAGGGGAAGAAACUGAAGGAGGAAGAGGGGGAGGUGAGAGGAACAGCAGAUGGAGGAAGGAACUGGGAAUCAAGGACAACAGUGUCUUCUCCCCCGCUGUCUCUCACCUCGUCCCACUCCCCGCCCGCCCCUUACUUCCUCCACUCCGACCCUCAAGGCCCCCUGUCGCAGCAGGCUGGCUUUUUUUACGGGGCCCCGCCGCCUAGGCCCCCUCGCCACCACCGUCACCAUAGCGACACAGAGGCCCGGACAGUGCCCACCGCUUCCGUCGCGCCCAGCUUGGGCGGCUCGCGACGCCGCGCUGAUCCAGAGAGCUCCGCGCGCUCGCUCCCCCGCGCUGGCGCUGGCGGUAACCUAGACUCCCUCUACAGCGACAUAGACUCGCUGUACUGCGCCGACGCGAAUAACAACGCGGGCUCGCCGUCCUGCGCUGAGGCCGACGGAGAGCUGGCCCUGAGGCCCCGCCCCGGUUUCGGUCGCGAGGGCAACGCCGUCGCGCAGCUCUGCACAACCCCGUACAAAAACGUGGACUUGCUGUGCUGCCCCAACACGGUCAGGCAGGCCGAUAUCGACCCGCUGUGUUACGCAGGCCGCGAUGCGGACGGCCCUGCCGACGCCCAUGGCUACGCCGGCGUCGAUCAGAAUAGCAACCGGCUGAUGUGGCGCCCCGCGUAUGCGGAAGAGUGCCCGGCCCCGCCCGUCUGGUACCUCUACAGCCCCAGCAACUGCCCACUGCACAGGGGGGCCCCGCCCCGCCUCUCCCCCAUCGGAGCCAUUUCUCCUCCGCAGAGGUUGGGGGUGCCUGUCCCGGGGGCCGACAUGGCCCGUCUGAGCUCCCCGCUCUUCCCCCGCAGCCACACCAUCCCUGCCCUCGCUGCCCCCUUUUAUUACCCCUAUCUCAAACCCGCUUCUGCUACUGCCCCUCUGAAGGAGUCCCACGUCCCUGUAGUCACCAAGCAGCCAGAGCUGUGUCCUCUGACCGUUCGUAGUGUGUCAUUCGCCGGCUCUAUCCAGCAAGGCGAGGCCUGGAUGGCCGGUGAUGGGAAGGGUCCUCUGGGAGGUCAAAGGCUGUCCUCUUUAUGCCUGAAUGAAAAAAGAGCUCUCCUGAGUGCUGUCAGUGUAGCAGUGGAGGCCAUUCUAGCCCAGUUCAGCACCUCUCGAACCCUCGUCCAGAAGUCUUUCAAAAAUCAAAAGGCCCAGUCAGGAGAUAGCAGCUUCAAUCCCUCUCUGGGAAGGCUGGUGCUGCAGUGCCUGUGUCCAGCUCUGUACGGCCUGCUCUCUGACGGCCUCAAGCCCCACCAGAGUGACCUUAUCGCGGGACGGAGACCAAAUUCACCCUGGGGUUUGGUGCAGGCCUCCACACGCCAAGGUCCCAGAACGCAGGCCCUGUACAGCCUGCAGUGUCGAGUGGCUGAGCUGCCCCAGCUAAGGCAGAGCCGGCACCGGUUCAACGCCUUCCUGCUCGGCCUGCUCAACGUGAAGCUCCUGGACUACUGGCUGUCUCAUCUGCAGUCCUGUGAUGAUGUCCUGGCGACAUACUACCGCCCCUCUUCCUUCAUGCGGCUGUCGCGCACUUCCUGUCAGCCUCUUUUUGAAGAGCUCAUCCUUCUACUGCAGCCCUUGUCCCUCUUGACCUUCAACCUGGAUUUACUUUUCCAGCACCACCACCUUGACCCCGCCUCCCCUGGCCUCUCCUCAGCCAAUCGCAGCCCUGAAACUCCCAGCCCAGCCAAUCAUGAGAGUAGUUUCAGGGUCCCACCCAGGGGAUUUUCGAUUGAUAGUAGACAUCCCCUUGAGAGUGUGUCAGAGCAGGACUUUAGGAAUUUGGAACCAGCUGAGGACACUCAGCAUGCAGUUCCCACAGCUUUAGCCAAUCAGAUUGCAGGUGAGGUAGAAGGGUUUGCCAAUCACAGUCCAUUUCCAGGAACAGUGUCUAAUACGGGAGAGACCAGCCCACAACUUAUGUGGCUACAGGAGAAAGAAAUAGUGCCCCCUAGUGUUAGUAACUUCUCGCAGCAAGCUGGCCAGGCAAUACAGCAGGGCUGGGGUGCAAUGUUGCGCUGGAGUGAACGCCUGGGGCAGAACCUGGGCAAUUAUUACGCAACUGGGGCAGUUACAUCUGAGCUGGAAAAGCCUCUUCCUCGACCCCAGGAUUUCUGGUCAGGCAGUUCCUCAAACACCCUUACCCAGCCCGACCUCAUCAGUUGUGAGACUCAGAAGGACCCUCCAUCUGAAAGCAGUCCCACAGUUCCCUGGGGCCUGGGCAGACUGUUUGGGGCCCCUAGGGGACAGAGGAGCCCACAGACACGCACACCUACAGCUAGGCGUCCGUCGCAUUGGCUUGCCCCUGGUGUCUCAGCUCUGACCCGUAUAGUAAGCCCCACUCAAAACCCAGUGCCUAGAGAGGGCAGGGGAGAGGAAGAGUCCAAGGGUCCGAGAGAGGCAGAGGAAACCGGAGAGAGACCAAGACCUCUUAGGUUGGUGCGGACCCUGUGUGACCACAUGGGAACGGGGGAGGAGCUGAGCUUCCAGAAAGGAGAGGAGCUCAUGGUGCUAGAAGGCGUCGACAGCGAUUGGGUUCGUUGUCGUCGAGACGACAAGGAGGGACUCGUUCCCAUUGGCUACACCUCUCUGAUUAUGUGACUCCAGCAGCGUUGACUGGAUGAUAAGAUCAGGGAGGGCCAUGGUUUUUGAAAAAUAAACUGAAACAUGGCUUUUCGACUCUGGUCCUGGAGCAUCUUGGUGCACGCAGGAGUUCGUCACAGCCAGGCACUUUAUCAACUAAUUAAGCUUGUCAUUAAAUCCUCAUUAAGGAAGACUGCACCCCCUUGUUCAGAGGGUGGAAGUGAUUUAAUUAAGUGCAGCUGGAAAGCCCAAUAUUUGUACAGCCCUCCAGGACCAGAGAUGAUUUGCCUUGACAGGAAAUAACAAAAAGGAAUAUAGUAAUUUAGUGAUUAGUGGCUGUGUUCAAUGUCCAUCUCUCCUCUCUUACCAGGUUUGUGUUGACAUGUUUCUGCUACUAUUAGUGUUCACUUGAAAACCAUAUAAAGCUGAAUGUAUAAAUAUACAUACAUAGGAUUAUAUAUAUUAAAAUAUAUAUUGAAAUUACAUAGGUGGAUGGAGAGAUAGGCAGGGAUAGGAAUCUAGCUAAUAGCAAGUAAAAAAAUGCUUCUUACAAAGAGUUGAUUAGUUUCAAUUAACUGAAUAUGGUCAUCGUUCUAUUAAUAUCAAUUUUAGAACAGUAUAGCACUUAUACACAUGAUUUGCAGUUCUGCUUUAAGUUUACAACUCAGUAUGAUUUUAAGUGUGCUGAACUGACUGAGCGUGCAUUGUGUCAAUUACACAAGUAUCCAAAGGCUUUUAAGUGUUUCCAAUAUAUUGAAAUAAGCUACUACAGGUAUUAAAACCCAUAGUUAAAUAGGUUUAGCUUUUAAUUGUGCGCAAUGUACAACAUAUCAGUGAUGCGCAAAGUUAAACCAAUUCAAGACCUAAUACAAAAAAGUAACAUGCAAGUUUUAUUAAUUAGAGUGUCCUAAUUCAACAAGAUAGCAAAAAUACAGUACAUUGUUGUGCAAAAGCAUAGAGAAUAUGACCUAUAACAUUUUCAGAGCUGUCUAUAAACAGAAAAUCAACUAGGGUUAUGAAGAGUACAUUAUCAUAUUUGCAUUUUUGGGACACGGCUGUACUGCCGUGAUGGCCUUGAAUAAACAUCAGUCAUGGUGAAGGCACAUAGGAACAUACAGCUGUUUUUACAAACUGAAAGAUAAUAUUCAUGUAUUCCAGGUCCCUGGUUUAUGCAGUUAAAUGAUCAUAUAAAAAUAUUAUUAUGACCAUUAUCAAAGUAGUUGUAGUAGCAGUAGCAGUAGUAAUAGAUAUAGUAGUGUUACAAAUUGUAUGAUGUCAUUAUGUUGAUUAUUGUGAUUAUGUUGGUUAUAAUCCUUUUUUUUUACAGUUCUUAAUGUAAAUGUUGAAUAACUAUGCAUAUACUGUAUGCUCUGCACCUGUCCUUAAGUCUGGGAAGUUGCAAUUAGAGGGUGCGGAAGAUCGAGGUCAGAGAUCGGGAUUUAGGAAGUUGCAUAAAUUUAGAAAUAUUCGCAGCCCCAGUUUACCAGCUCUCGUGCCAACGGGUUCUUAUAGUAAAGCACUGAACUACACAGGAGUUCACCUUGAGCGAACCACAGUGGUGGUGUGAAAGCCUCGGUUAUGGCAGCCUUUUUCACGGUAAACGUGAUAUCGUGCUUCACUACAGCUAAGUCUGCCGCUUAAAUCGUCUUAUUAUGGGAGCCUCAGAAAAAGCAAACACGUUUUUUUCUGAAACGAGCUGAGCGAGCGGAUGCUGAGUCAGUGUGCACACAUUAAAACAGGAGCGAACCCAACAGGCGCGACGUUACAGUCGUUGAUUUUACUGUGCGCUGUGCUCCUGGACGGAAAAGCAAACCAACACAAAACUCAGGAAUGUGAUAUUUCUGAAAGGUCAUCUGUAACGGCGGGCAGGAAGUUAACAUCAGUAUGAUUCGCUUUAUUUUUGCACUUUUAUUCAUUCGUUUAUACGGCCAUCGAAUUGUUUUAUUACGUGUUGGGUUGUUUAAUGUUGUUAUUUAUUGAUUCUGGACUGGUAGGAGGGAAUAUAGCAGUUAUCUACCCCUGCUUACCCUUUCUCUCUCUUUCUAUCUCUCUCUAUCUAUCCAUCUGGAGGUGUAUGUGUAGAAGUGGGUUGUGUAAGCUCAGUGUUAUAGCCUGACUGUGCCACUCUAAUGUAACUGUGCUCCUGCAACGGUGUCAGUCGCUGUCAUUCCGCCCCUGCAUGUGCUUGUCUGUAAAUAUACAAUAAACUUGAUAUACCCCA